AUGAGGGGCUUGACCCGCAGGUACCGGCCACACAAGCAGAGGGCUGCAGGAACCACAGGGAGACACGCAUCAGACCCAUGCAAGGCCCAACGCACCCGUUCGCGGGGAAGGACCCUGGACUUGAAAGGACCCCAGGCUUGUGGCCUGAAGGUACCAGCCUUCACACUGAUCCAGGGCCGAAGAGGCACCAUGUCUACAAAAGGCUGCACAGCCGACCUGUUGAACAUCUUCGACUUCUCCUAUACCCAGCUGCGCACAUGGAUCGGAUGA